AUGGCAGGGACGUCCUUCAUAUGCUCACACACAUUCUUCAUUCCUGGGGUCCUCAAAAUAAUCACAAACCUAAAGAAGUCCUGCCCUGGAUGCAUCAAGCUAAAUAAGGUACCCUUCACGGUUUACGAAGCAGACGUCCCUGAUGUCCUCAAGUCAGUUCAAUCUCCUUUCACUUACUGUCAAGCUGACAUCUUCGGACCUGUUUUUGCCCAUGUCAACUGUAACAAGACCAAACGAUGGGUCCUUGUUGUUCUCUGCCUUUCCAGUCGCGGGGUGCACCUCGAAAUCCUGCACAAUUACAGCUCCCAGAGUAUUACCAGAGGAUUCAACAGAACCUUUGCUCUGAGGGGCACACCUCGCAUCAUUUGGAUUGAUGCUGGUCUGAACAUCGUCAAGGCUGGCAAGGAUCUGGUCGACACUGAGAUGAAGGUCAUCUCCAACCUCAAUCUAAAGUUCACCUCCAUUGAGUUCAGGGUCACUCUGCCCAAACAUCAUGCUGGUAUCAGAGCAGUGGAAAGAAUAAUCAGCUCUAUCAAGAACACGGUCAGCAAGUCACUCGUCCACCCUCACCAGCUGAUCAUGGACAACGAGGAAUUGCUCACCUGGACACAUGGAGUUAUUGAAAAGUUCAAUAAUCGACCUCUGAUUCUUGGAGCUCCGCUGGGAAUCACCCUCACUCCCAAUCAUGUUCUCCAGGGGUUUAGAGAGGGUUUCGGAGACGAGGUCAACCCUGUAGCUCCCAUCAACCAACAGAUCUCCAGAUGGAACGUCACUCUCAACAUGUUCCAUGAGUUAUGGGAGCAGGAAUAUACUCGGUGCAGAUUCACUGUCACCUGGAAGGACCAGGGCAACCUCCCCCAAAUCGGAGACAUAGUCCUGUUCAAGAACGAACCCAUAUACAAGAAUCCUAUUUCUGCAGCUAGAGUGGAACAACUCAUUCGUAGAAAGAAUGGAGACAUUUAUGGCGCUACUAUUAGCUACCGUCUCGAAGUAGGAGGGCAGAAGAUAGUGGUAGACAGGCACCUCAACCAACUGUUUCCAUUCAUGAACCUGGAAACCCAGAACCCUCAGGAAACCGUCUACAGCCUCACCUCGGGAGGCACGGAAUCUAGCCCCAGCUCCAAGUUCCAGACCAGAGCCUACACAAGAUGA